UGCAAGGGUGCUAUAGACGCACAAAACGACCAAGAGCCACAAAUCAAGCACACAUAUCAAAAAACAAAUGAGCUCUUAUUUUGUAAACUCAUUUUGCGGUCGCUAUCCAAAUGGCCCGGACUACCAGUUACAUAAUUAUGGAGAUCACAGCUCGGUGAGCGAGCAAUACAGGGACUCCGCCAGCAUGCACUCCGGCAGGUACGGAUACGGCUACAAUGGCAUGGACCUCAGCGUCGGGCGCUCUGCUUCCACUCACUUUGGUGCCAAUGAGAGACCCCGCAGUUACCCGGCCAACACCACCUCUGCCUCGACAGAGCCCAGGUACAACCAGCCCGCGACGUCUUCCCACUCGCCUCCCCCUGACCCUCUGCCCUGCACCGCCGUGGCCGGUUCGCCUGUCAGCGAGAGUCACCACGGGGUGAAAAACUCCCUCGCCAACUCCACCAGCACUUCGUCCAAUUCCAGCAGCAACACGCACAUCAGCAGAGACGGGGUUGGCACCUCGUCUGGGACUGAGGAAGACACUCCAGCAAGCAGCGAGCAGGCAAGUGCCCCGACCGACCAAAGCACAGCCCAGCCUUCACAGCCCCAGAUCUACCCCUGGAUGCGAAAACUGCACAUAAGUCAUGACAACAUAGGGGGACCAGAAGGGAAAAGGGCUCGGACUGCUUACACCCGCUAUCAGACCUUGGAGCUCGAAAAGGAAUUUCACUUCAAUAGAUACCUGACCCGCAGAAGAAGGAUUGAAAUAGCACAUGCUCUUUGCCUCUCAGAGAGACAAAUAAAGAUCUGGUUCCAAAACAGGAGAAUGAAAUGGAAAAAGGAUAAUAAGCUGAAAAGUAUGAGCAUGGCAGCUGCAGGAGGGGCAUUCCGUCCCUAAGCGUUUGAUCAAUUAAAAGUACUGAGCAGUAUUAGCUGACCCUGCGUCGUCUCAUGUCAGUACUAAGUUGACUUUCUAAAACUUCCUUGUGUUACUUCUGUGAAGAAACCCUGUUCUUGUCGCCCUUAUCCAUCUUUUAAUCAUGAGCCUGUUUAUUACCAUUCUCUCGCGUGUAUAAGUAGAUCUGCUUUUAUCGUACAUUUCUUUGUCUUGAAUGGCUUUGUCUUGAAAAAAAUAAUAGAUGUUUUAACUUAUUUAUAUGAAGCGAGCUGUGUUACUUGAAGUAACUGUUAAAA